AUGGAAAAACAUCUCUUCAUUUUGCAACCAUGCAUAAAUGAAUAUUUUCGGAUUGCUAGUGCACACAGUGAUGACAUCAAUUCAAAAGAUGAUAUUGUGGCUACCAUUCUUCAUUUUUCUGCAAUUAUAAAUAAUGGCAACGUUGAAAAUGCAGAAAUAUUAAUGGCAAAAGAUGCAAAUUUCAAUGAAAAAGACUUCAACGAUGUUAAUAAAAUGGAUCCUAAAAUUAAAACCCCAUUUUGCUGCAAAUAA